CCAGAGAUAGAGAGAGGAGAGGAGGAGAGACGCAGAGUGGAGUAGCAGCAGUUCAGCCGUGUGUGUGGUGGCUCUGGGGAGCCCGGCGGGAGUGUGUCACCACGGUUAGGGACAGCUGGACAGGGGGAUACGGCGGAGCGCACGGCACAAAGGCUCAUGGGAGGGACGAGCAGCAGGAGAUUAGCAGGGCUGAGACUCUAAACAGCUGCCGAAAAUUCUUCUACCCCCCUGACUCUUCUGCCUGGUCUGUCAGCUGACCCUGGAGAGCCGCCAGGAUGACCGAGCGCUACGACUGCCACUACUGCAAGGAGUCCCUGUUUGGGAAGAAGUACGUGCUGAGAGAGGAGAACCCCUACUGCGUCAAGUGCUACGAAAGCCUCUACUCCAACACCUGUGAAGACUGCAAGAAACCCAUUGGCUGCAGCAGCAGGGACCUGUCCUACAAGGACCGCCACUGGCACGAGGACUGCUUCCACUGCUUCAUGUGCAAGCGCUCGCUGGUGGACAAGCCGUUCUCCACCAAGGACGACCAGCUGCUCUGCACCGAGUGCUACUCCAACGAGUACUCCUCCAAGUGCCAUGACUGCAAGAAAACCAUCAUGCCUGGCACCAGGAAGAUGGAGCACAAGGGCAACAGCUGGCAUGAGACCUGCUUCACCUGCCAACGCUGCCAGCAGCCUAUUGGUACCAAGAGCUUCAUCCCCAAGGACAACUACAACUACUGCGUGCCCUGCUACGAGAAGCAGUUCGCCAUGCAGUGUGUGCACUGCAAGAAGCCCAUCACCACCGGCGGGGUGACGUACCACGAGCAGCCCUGGCACAAGGACUGCUUCCUGUGCACCGGCUGCAAGCAGCAGCUCUCCGGCCAGCGCUUCACCUCACGCGACGACUUCGCCUACUGCCUCAACUGCUUCUGCAACCUGUACGCCAAAAAGUGUGCCUCCUGCACCUCCCCCAUCAGUGGUCUUGGAGGUAGCAAGUACAUCUCCUUUGAGGAACGCCAGUGGCACAACGACUGCUUUAACUGCAAGAAGUGCUCCGUGUCUCUGGUCGGCCGUGGCUUCCUGACCGAGCGCGAUGACAUCCUGUGUCCCGAGUGUGGCAAAGACAUCUAAAGGGGAUCGGCGGCGUCCACAGGAGCAAUGUGGUCAACAAAUCCAAGACAGGAUAUUAAAAGAAACGUGCACCCUGACAGCACUAUGACAAAUGGUGACAGAGAGAGAGUAACUGUAUAUAUAGCAUAUGCAGGCUGACAAACUAUAACUGACUGACAUAUACUAAUCAGUUACAUCCUCCUUUUUGUAUUUGGCUUCUGCUUAAAAAGAGAGGCUUUUAACAUGCACUGAUCUGACACUUUCAGCAACUCUUUCAAAUAUCAAGUGCAAUAGAUAUCAUAGCCUAUAUUUAUAAAUAUAUAUAUUCUAAAGUAUAGAUCAAUACAUAUAUUCAGACAGCCUUAUGUCCUCUGUCUACAACAACAUAUGUGAACUUCUGUUAAGUGGCUUUUCCACAUUUUGUUGAUUAAUUUUUGGUGAUACUAUUUGAGGACAUAGGGCAGGUAGGGUCAACUUUGACUUUAUAAUAUUUAUGACUUCAGGCUUUGCUAACACGGCAUUAGCGCAACUGUCAGUUUUCCUACGUGAAUUACUUACACUGUGAAAAAAGACACCACCCCGCUACCAAGAGUGCCUUGUUUAUGAUCAUAUUCUCAAAUUUUUAAAAAGUACCUUGUAUUUGAAGAAAUAAACUACAGAAAAAAUGCAAAA